AAACCUCCCCUCCACAAGAGAGCGAUCCAUAUAUAAGACGGGGAAUCAACAUUGGGGAGCAUCACUUCACUUCCUUUCACAUCACAACAAAGGUUUACCAUGAAGGCAAUUAUUUUGGCGUUAUUUGGGGUGGUGGCGGUUGCGAGAUGUGCCCGCUUGGAUAAUACGUACCUCCCACCAAGCGGAGCAGCCGGAGCUGGUGGUACUGGUAGUAUUCUCUCUGCUCCUCACGGAGGCAGCGGAUUCGGAGCCGGAGGAGGAAAGCCAGGAUUCCCGGGUAGUGGUGGUGCCGGAUCCUUCCCUGGGUCCCAGGCUGGCAGUGGAGGUUUCGGAGGCGGUGCUGGCAGACCAGGUUUCCCGAGUGGACCUGGUAGCGGAUCCUACCAAGGAGGUGCCGGUGGUGGCUCUUUCCCAGGUAGCGCCGGUGGUGCCCAUCAUGGUGGCGCUGGCGGUGGUUCCUACCAGGGAGGUGUUGGUGGAGGUUCAGGCGGUGCUGGAGGUUUCCAAGGAGGUGCCGGUGGAUUUCAAGGAGGCGCCGGAAGCGGUGGGCACCACGGUGGUGCAGGAGGUGGUUCGUUCCAAGGGGGAGCAGGUAGCGGCUCAUACCAGGGAGGUGUUGGGGGAGGAUCAGGUGGUGCCGGAGGAUUCCAUGGAGGGGCUGGAGGAUUCCAAGGAGGUGCUGGAAGCGGGGGCCACCAAGGAGGAGCAGGAGGAUUCCAAGGUGGAGCAGGAGGAUUUCAAGGAGGAGCAGGAGGAUUUCAUGGAGGAGCAGGAGGAUUCCAAGGAGGUGCUGGAAGCGGUGGCCACCAAGGAGGAGCAGGAGGAUUCCAAGGUGGAGCAGGAGGAUUUCAAGGAGGAGCAGGAGGAUUCCAAGGAGGUGCUGGCAGCGGCUCAUAUCAGGGUGGUGCAGGAGGUGGAUCUUUCCAAGGUGGAGCUCCCUCUGGACCUGUUAUUCCAAUUAUUUCUCAAACCAACGAACCAAACCAAGGAGAUGGCAGUUACUCAUGGAGCUACGAAUCUGGUAAUGGAAUUAGAGCCGACGAGAAGGGAUAUGUUAAGAACUUCGGUGCUGGAGAACCUAACGAACUUCAGACUGCUCAGGGAUCUUUCUCAUAUACCGCUCCUGACGGAACCCCUGUCCAAUUAACUUAUACGGCUGACGAAAAUGGUUUCCAACCACAAGGUGCACAUCUUCCUACUCCUCCGCCAAUCCCAGAGGAAAUUCUUCAGGCUCUUCAAAAGAACGCUGCUGAUGAAGCCGCAGGUAUCUUUGAUGACGGACAAUACAAAGAACAACCUGGUGCUGGUGCUUACCAAGGCGGCGGCGGUGGAGGAAGUUAUCAAGGUGGUGCCGGAGGCUUCCAAGGAGGCGCAGGCCGACCAGGAGCCGGAGGCUUCCAAGGAGGUCCUGUAGGUCCUGGUGGUUACCAAGGAGGAGCCGGAGCUCCUGGAAGUGGAGCAGGAGGCUUCCAAGGAGGAGCAGGUAGACCUGGUGCCGGCGGAUACCAAGGAGGUGCUGGAGGUUACCAAGGAGGUGCUGGAGGUUACCAAGGAGGAGCUGGCGCUCCUGGAAGUGGAGCAGGAGGCUUCCAAGGAGGAGCGGGCAGACCCGGAGCCGGAGCUGGAGGAUAUCAAGGAGGUGCUGGCAGACCUGCAGGUGGUGCUGGUGGAUUCCAAGGAGGAGCUGGUGGAUUCCAGGGAGGAGCUGGCAGACCAGGUGGGGCAACAGGAGGAUUCGGAGCACCCGGUGCCGGAGGUGCUGGUUACCAGUCCGGAGGAUUCGGGUCCAGGCCGUCGGGUGGUGCCGGUAGCGGAUUCGGCUCAGGAGCGUCAUCCGGUGGCAGCUUCGGAACGGGUACCGGUUCUUACAAUGCUCCUUCUGCAGGAGGACAAAGGCCAUCUGGAGGACAAAGCUUUAACGCCAAUACAGGAUACUCGUACCCGAGACCAGGAAAAUGAUCUUUAUUUUCCAAAAAAGUUCUACCCACUUUCUUUCUAAGCUCAACUAUUUAUUAGACUUCAUACUUUACCCCGCCAAAUGUUACCACUCAAGCAAAUACGUCGAAUGACGUUGCCUUUGUAAAUAAGCCAUUCGUAUAUGUAAAUAUACAUUUUAUAAAAAUUAA